GAGACACCAAAUCCCUCAACCCACACACUCCUCCCUCUUCUCCUUUCCUGGGAUUCCUCAUCUUUUCCUCUGAUUUCUGCUCACUUUUUUCUCAAUUUCAAGAGGGCGUCAACGCUCGUUCUUUCUGGGUUCUAUCCUUUAGCUUUGAAGUUACGAGUCCAUUGUCUUUUCACAACUUUUACACCAUAAUCUCUGUUAGAGAAUGUAAUCCCUUCCACAAAUCUCAAAGAACCAACAAAGAAAACUGAGGGUUUGUGUGUGGAUUCUCUCCAAGUACCUGUUGUCUGACAUCAAUUUGGAUUUGGUGGUGAAAAAGAUAAAGGGGAGAGAGAGAGAGAGCUCUUCCACUCUUUUGCUUUACUUCACUUCUCUCUCAGACACUAUUAUUCAUCCAUCUUUAGCCUUUAUAGAAUACCUAGGUCUCUCUUUCAAGAUUUUACUGUACUGACUCCUCAUAGGAGUUUAAGCUCUUACUACAAAAAUCUUCUCUUGUUUGGAAGAUUUGUCAAUCUCUGUUCCCUUUUCCUGUCCGUGUGUUUUUGAACAUUUGACUUUAGUUUCAAGAUUACAAAAUCUAAAAGAGAAAAGUCAUCAAGAAAAUCACGAGGAAAGAAAAAUGCCCUUAGAUGGGGUUUUCAUAGAGCCCUCCUCAAAGCCAGUACCCGAUCUUUCUCUCCACAUUAGUCCACCCAACUGUAAUUCCUCCUCACCAAUCUGCAACACGGCGAGUGAAGUGGCGUCGGGCAUCCAUCGUUCUACGAAUUCAGCCAAGCCCAGGAGCUGCAACUCCUUGAUUGAGCUCUCCUUGGCUAAUCCAGCGAACGACGAAAUCCGGCUCCAACAGAGCUUCGGUGGAGGAAGAGCUCAUCAAGAAGAGCAGCCACAUAGCUAUUAUCAUCAUAUCUGCCACUCCAACAGCCAACUGAAUCAGAUAAAUCAUGGGGUUUCCCUACUAGAUGUAUCCGAUGGCUUGAGUCCUAUAAAGAGUUUUCCAGUUUAUCCGAAUCGGCCGUUUCCUUUCCUGCCUGUGGACCAUGCCAAGGAUCCAAAGAUGUGCUUCUACCAAACGCCCUACCCCUCUUGGUCAUCCACUCUAUCUUCUCCUUCUUCUUUAUGUUCCUCUCUUUCCUCUCCUUCUCAUCAGUAUUAUUCCGGUAGUUUGGAUCAUCAUAUACCAUUUUUAAAUCCGGGGCCUAACGCCUCAUCCCCGACGGCAGCUUACAGGGUACCGAGUGGCGGUAGUGCUGGUGGUGGUGGCAGGUUUAAUGGGCUCUCCUCGUAUCAGCUGCAGCAUCAUCACACUCAUCAUCAGUAUGGUAUGGGCCAUUCUCUUGAGGCGUCUCAUCAUGGGAUUAUGAGAUCAAGAUCUCUUCCGAAGCUGCCGGCAAAGCGCAGCAUGAGGGCUCCCAGAAUGAGAUGGACGAGCACCCUUCACGCCCGGUUUGUUCAUGCAGUUGAGCUUCUUGGUGGGCAUGAAAGGGCUACUCCAAAGUCAGUACUGGAACUCAUGGAUGUCAAAGAUCUCACUCUUGCUCAUGUCAAGAGCCAUUUACAGAUGUAUCGAACUGUUAAAACCACUGACAAGCCUGCAGCUUCCUCAGGGCAUUCAGAUGGAUCUGCUGAUGAUGACCUCUCCACAAUAGGCAGUGGUGGUGAUGGGGCUAGGCUGCAGCUAUUCAUAGACCACAGAGGGCCGUCCGAUGGAUCUUCGCCACAGGAUGCUGACUACCCCUCCUCCGCCACCACAUUGUGGAGCAACUCUUCCAGUAGCCGAGAAGGUUGGUCACAAACAAAUGCUGCUGGUGAAUCGCAUGGACUCGUAAGAUCAUCGUCCUUUCCAUCACCCUCCAAUUCGGGUCGCCUGAUACAGGAAAGUGAAAUUUCACAUUCAAAGAGCUGCACGGUGUCCGAUCCUGAAAAUUACAAAAUCCCGAGCUUGGAGUUCACAUUGGGAUUGAGCAGACAGGAGUGGGGUGAAAAGGAGCAGAACUAGCUUUAUUAGCUCAUAUGAACAGUAAUCUCCGCGUUGGGAUAGAACUAUAUGUGUUCUGCUCUAUUUAGGUCUUCUUUUACUUUAUUUAUAAUAUAUUAUAUAUAUAUAUCAUUUCAUA